AUGUCUGACGUUGAACAACAAGUCGUUGAAGAGGUUGAGGUUGCCGUUGAGGAAACCUCAGCAUCCAUCUCCAUUGAAGAUGCCGUCAAGAAGGUCUUGAGAAUUUCUUUGGUCCACGAUGGUUUGGCCAGAGGUUUGAGAGAGGCUUCCAAGGCUCUGUCUUCUGGUGCUGCCCAACUGUGUGUCCUGUGUGACUCUGUCACUGACGAGGCCAUCAUCAAGCUGGUUGAAGCUCUUUGUAACGAGCCAGAGGAGAAGAUCCCUCUGAUCAAGGUCUCUGACGCCAAGCAGUUAGGUGAAUGGGCUGGUCUAUGUACUUUAGACCGUGAGGGUAACGCCAGAAAGGUUGUUGGUGCUUCUUGUGUUGUCAUCAAGGACUGGGGUCAAGACUCCGAGGAGCGUCACGUUCUUUUGGACUACUUUUCCAGCAACUAA